AUGCAAAAAAGUGAUCAAAAUAAAAAUUCAGGUUGUUUAUGUUUUGGGAAGAAACAAAAGGGAGAAUUUCCAAAGACUUUUAAGAAAUCUGGAAAAAUUCUAAAAAAAUAUAAGGAUAAUAGUUUGGAUGUAUUAGUUUUACAUUUCUUUAGAUUUCAGAUGAUGUCAUUUUAGAAGUGAUGAUUAGAUUAUAUAUAUCUGAGAACAAAGGGAAAGCUAUUGAAAUGCUUUAAAGAUGCCGUAUCAAUCCAAACUUUGAAUCUAAUCUUAUAAGAAAUGAUUUGGAAUAUUUUAUCCCAUAACUAAUAAAUUUCUUAGUGUUUCAUUAAUAACUUUC